AUGGCGGCCUCGCCCGCUCUCGAGGCGUCACAAGACAUCUCGAGGCUCUCCCUCGAGGAAAUCCGAGCUCAUGAGCAGCCGAGACCCGCACCACCUGUACCAGCGUCCGCGUCGACCCCUGGCAUAGUCGCAUUCGACAUAACGUCUCGGUUCCGGAAAGCAGCGUCAACACUUGCACCUGGCGAGCUCGUCAAAGAUGGCUUCUUCACUCUGUUUGAGUCUGUCGGUGCUCUCGAGAUCAUGGACCCCAAGAUGGACAGCGGCUGCUUGGAGCCGGGUGAGUCCCUCGACAACGACUAUGACGUAUCAAAACCCUUGCUGCCCGAAGAAGUCCUCGGCAUCAUCGACCAGCUGCUCUGCCACGAAAUGGCCUGGCAUGUCGGCUACCCUCUCUCCCAGACGGUUUUCACAUGUGCCUAUGUCGAAUCGAUCCUGAUGCCUGCGCCCUCGACGCUCGACGAAGCACACUUUAUCAGAAAUCCUGCCGUCACAACGCCCUCGCCCAUGCACGCUGUGCUGCGAGCCUACUGCCUCGGUCUGCUCAAGACGUGCGGACAGGAGGAAGACUUUGUCACAAAUACAUACCACAGAAACCUCCUGGACAAAUUUUCCAUCGAGAGCGUUCGCCAAAUUAUUCUAGAAACGAGCAGCCUCCUCCAAGGUCUCGAGGACUCGGUGCCCACCGACAUCAUCCGCGCCCUCCAUGACCGGCUGCUGUUGCGACACAGUUUUCUGGCGGCCACCGACGCCAUUCAGUACCGCACAGCUCCCGAUCUCAUCCGAGGCCCCUGGAGGGAGUCCCUCGCCAUGGUACAGGGACUGCAGAGCAGCCACGCGCUGGCAAAGGAUGUCCCCGACGCUUUCAGCGCAAAGCUGCAGCGGAAGCUUGCUAGUACCAUGCCGCCGCGGCCGAUCGUGCAGCUGAGCUUCGACGACGCCUUUGGGCACAUCAAGCGACUCUUUGAGGAUGGCGUCGAGGUUAUUGACGUGCUCGAGUACCACGACUCGCAAUGUCUUCAGACCUUUGUCCUCACAUUCCAGGCCAAAAAACCCCAGGCUCUCAUCUACAUCCGGACGCUGCUGCAGAACUUUCUGUUCAAGGACAUGGAGGUCCUCGGGCACAUGAGCAUACGCAUGCUACUGGACAACGACCUCGCCAUCGUGGCGCUGCCGUGCAGCACGCUGCUGGACCGGGCCAACGACGACGUCGAGGCGCCGCAGGACCCGCGCUUCAUCGUGGCCGAGACGAUGGAGACGUUCCGUCAAAAGGCGGCGCAGCCGUACCUCGACAUCCUGCGGACCUUUUGCCAGAACCGGUGUCGCGUGCGGCGCACGCUGUGCCACGUGGUCCGCGACUGGGAGAACCUCCAGUUCGAGGCCGAGGACGUGGACCAGAUCCUGCAGCACCAGACGGGCGCGCAGCCCAUCGUGUACCGCGCCGCCGACGGCGGGGCGUCCGUCGAGACGUUCGCCCUGUCGCUCUCGUCGUGGGCGCACCUCUACAAGCUCCGGCGGAUGGAGUGGAUUGUCCAGCUCGGCGUCGAGCGGAGGUCUACCGGAAAGAGGAGGUCGCCGGCAUGGAGGGAUGCGAGGGGCGGCCACCCGGCGCUGCUGACGUUUGCCGAGUUCACAGUCGGCACGCGCCAGCCCGAGACGUCGACGGCGGACCUGCUGCGGCUGGCCGAGCGCGGGCUCGCCGGGUCCAAGAAGGCGCUCGAGGCCGUGGGCCGGCUGUCCGAGGCCGAGGCCUUCUCCGUCGGGUCGCACGCGCGCUGGCUGCCCGGCGUCAAGGGCGCGCUCAAGUCGUGCAUCGCAACGGGGCUCGCCGUGUCGGUCCUGCAAAAGGCACUCGACAGGGCCGGCGAGGGCGGCGACCUCAAGCUCAGGGCCGAGGUGCCCACCCCUGACAAGGCCUAUCACGAAUGGUGGCUCGUGCCGAGGAUCCUGCCAGUGCGGUAG